GAACUGAGAAAGCAGAAAAACAAUAGUUUUAAACAAUACUUUUUACGUUAAUUCAAUGAAGAUUAACAUUUGUUACGCAAUUGCCUAUUUAGGGUUGUUUAUUACGGAGAUUAUUAUAAGAUAUUCUUCCGGAACUAAAUAAAUAGUAUAAACAAACCGGAAUAAAAAACCAUAUUUAAUUCAAAUUUAUUCAUACUGUUAAUACUACAGUACUAUGAAUGAAUCUGAAUUAAAUGCAAAGUUAAAUCCGGAAUUACAACAGUUAUUUGAUAGGUAUGGAAGAUGUGAAGAAUGUAAUCAAAUAAUGACAGAUUUCAAUUGGUGUUACACAUGUAACGUAGAACGUUUUCGAAAAAAUUUUAAUAAUUGGACUAGUGGUAACAGAGAUAUUGAUAAAUUUAUUCAAGAAACUCAACUAUCUGCAAAGCAACAUUUUAAUAUAUUAGAGUGGAUAUCCUAUGAAAGUUUUCGCGAUAUUAAAUAUAUUGCAAAAGGAGGGUUUGGCAAAGUAUACAGAGCAAAGUGGAAGGAUGGAUAUAUAUUUAUGUGGGACAAUAAAAUUCAAAAUUGGGGUAGACUUCAGCCUAAUAUGUUUGUAGCAUUAAAAAGUUUAAAUAACUCAAAAAAUGUUACAUCGGCAUUUAUUAGCGAGAUUACAUUUCAUCAUAACAAAAUAAAUACGUUUAUUACAUCUUAUAUUGUUAGGUUUUAUGGAAUAACUCAAGAACCAGAAACAGAAAAUUAUAUGAUGGUUUUGGAAUAUGCAGAGCGUGGGAGUUUACGCAAUUAUUUAGAUCAGAAUUAU